AUGCACAAGUUAAAGAAUAAUGAAAGUGAUAUAAACUCAGAUGAUUGCAAUGAAACAGCUGAAGAAUGUAUGUAUAUCUUUAGUCCUUCAAAAAAAAAAAAAACUGAUACUUUUAAUGAUUUAAAAAAAAAUGAAGAAUCUUAUACUAAAAUGAAGUAUGAAAAGAAAUCAUUCAGCAAUUUAACUGAUAACAAUAAGAAUAAAGAGAAAAAAAAAAUAUAUUCAUUAGAUUCACAAAAUAAGUAUUCAAGCCACUUAAAUAUUACAGGUUUAAGAAAAAAUGAAAAUGAUGGUGAUGAAGUUGAAAAAGAAAAUGAUGAUGAUGAAAAAGAAAAUGAUGAUGAUUGCAAAAUUUCUAAUAUUAAUGAUAUAGAUGAGUAUGAGAAUGAAAAUUGCUCAGAGGAUAUGAAUGAAAAUAAAAAUUUUUAUGAUGAAGAAUUGAAUGAAAUAAUAGAUAAAGAGUAUUUUAAAGAAUUGAUCCCUGCAAUACCUCAUGAUAUUUUAAAUUCCUAUAUUAGUUGUUUAAAGACAUGUGGUUUUGAAAGACACGUACAGUUACAUAGAUUAAUUAAUUUAUUGGGUGAUUUAAGAGAUCCUAUUUCGGUUAUUCAAAUAUUAGGAUUACCAGGAAUGGGAAAAACAAAAGUAGUAAAAAAUUUUAUUCAAUUAAUGAAUGUGCCCUUUGCAUAUGUUAACUGUUUAAUGGCUGUUUAUCAGUCAGGAAGAUCAGCCAGAAAUGUUAUAUAUCAUACCAUAUUAAAAGAUUUAAGUAUUAAUCUUCUUAAAGAAUUUAAUGAAUAUAAAAAAAUAAAUAAUAUAAUUAACUAUUCUUAUGAUCCAACUAAAUUAGUACCUAAUCAUGUUUCUAGUGCAGAUAAUUUUUUUAGUAUAUUACAUAAGCUUUUAUCAUUUAGACCGGAAGAUGAAAAUAACAGAAAUAUAAAAAGAAAUGAAGAUAAUAAUAAGAAAAAUAGUCCAUUAAAUAAGAAUGAUAAUGAGAAAGUCAAAAAAAUAAAGAUGACAACUAAUCAGAAUUAUUAUAAAGAUAAAUUUUAUGAUAGAUCAGUAGUAUUUAUUUUAGAUAAUAUUAGAUAUUUAGUUAGAACUCAUCCUGAUUUGUUCUAUGCUUUGACUAGAAUACAUGAAUACAUUAAAGGCCCAUAUAAUGAUUUAACAAAAGUUAAUAAAACGACUAGAGGAUUGUGUAUUAUUUUAAUUAAUAGAUCUCCAUUGCCUGAUGAAAUUUUUGAUGGGCUUCCACAGCCACCCACUGUUUGGUUUGAUUCCUAUACAGCAGACAUGUGUAAAAAUAUUUUAUAUAGGUUAUAUGAUACUAUGUGUUUUGAAUCUUUAUUAACAAUUAAUGAUAAAGAUUUGAAAAUAUUUUAUUUAAAAGAAAACAAAAAAGAAUUUCUCAUUAAGAGAAAAGAAAUUGUGUUAGAAAAUGAUGUUAUUUAUGAUAUUUGGUGUAGAUAUGUAGAUUAUAUUAUUAAUGUUUCAUAUAAAGACUAUAAAAGUGAUUUUCAUGAAUUGCUAUUUAUUUGUUCUCAUAUGUGGCCUUUAUUUAUAAAACCAAUAUUAGAUGGAACUCUUGAACCAAUUGUUGAAAAUAUGAAUGCAUUACAAAGAAAUAUUGAUACUCAUAUUCGUGUAGCUACUUAUAAUCAUGCCAGUCAUUUUACAUUUGAAUUAAUCGAUUCUGUUUUUUUAAACGAAAGUAACUUAAAAAAUAAAAUCGAUUUAUCUUUUUAUUCAAAAAUUCUGUUAGUAGGAGCUUAUUUAGCUUCAAGAAAUUUGCCGUUAACAGAUAAAAGAUUUUUUAAUGCAACUGUAAAAGGGGGUGCUUUUAGUUUACCUAAAAAAAGAAAGGCAAGAAGUAAAAAUGAAUCUAUUUUAACUUUAAUAGGACAAUCUAUUCCUAAAAAUUUUACUUUUAUUAGGUGGUUAUGUUUAACAGAUUGCUUAUUGGUAUGCUUUUAUGAUGAACAACUAAUUUUAAAUAGUUUAAUUUGUCAACAAAUAAAUACAUUAAUACAAUUAGGUUUUAUCACUUUUUCUUCUUCCAAUAACUUGUCUUGCUUAGUUAGAAAUAGCUUAAUGAAUGGAGUACAAUGGAGUGGUUACUGUGGUAGUACUCUUUUAAACACAACUAAUAAUUUUUCUUCUAUAACCAAUAAUAUUUUUAGUGAAUCAAAUCAUUCAAUGAAUUAUGAAUCACUAGAUCCAUAUACCAAAUUAGUUAUUCAAGUUCCUGAAGAAACUAUUAGAAAUAUUGCUAAGGAAAUGAAAAUACCAUUAGAUGAGUUAAUUAUUUAA